CUACAGCGGCUUAGUUUUUCACUUCGUAGUCGAGACGAGAGCAGAGUGAGGCGGCCGUGAAACGUCCCCCGGGCCGGAUGGUCAAAUCUAACCUCCAGCGGAUCCUGAACAGUCACUGCUUUGCUCGCGAAAAAGAAGGAAAAAGGCAAAACCAACCCGAGAUGGACGCUUUAAGAAGUAGUAGUAAUAUCUGUGACAUGAUUGGCAAUCUGUCUCUACGCUGUAGUAGUACCCCUGGACCCGGGCCUCUGUGGUGCUCCGAUGCCCCUCUCCCACCCCUGAAGAUCCCAGGUGGGCGAGGGAAUGGCACACGGGAUCACCCUCCCACAGCUCGGCCGCUGUACUCAGACAGGAAGUUGACUGUGACGGAGCAGCCUGCUGGGGCUGGUCGCCCCGGGAUAUUGCACUUCCAGAGCCGGCCCACCGUCUCCCGGGUGAUAAACUGGGAGGCGGUGCUUCGCGGAGACGGCCUGUACGUCGAAAUCCCUAACGACCCGCUCCCGGAGGGCAGCAAGGAGAGCUUUGCUUCCCUGCUGGAAUUUGCUGAAGAACAUCUAAAAGUCGUCAGUGUGUAUGUCUGCUUUUACAAGAACAGAGACGAUCGUGCUAAGCUGGUGCGUACGUUCAGCUUUCUGGGCUUUGAGAUUGUGAAUCCGGGCCAUUCCCCCGUCCCGUCUCGACCCGACGUUUUCUUCAUGGCCUACAACUUCGACAGGGAUUCUUCUUCCGAUGAAGAUUAGUUCCGGACCCGAGACCUGCGCCCCCUUCGUCACCCUCAUCUCCUCCACCCUUUCGUCUUUCUCUCCUCACUUAACCCCCCCCAAACUCCAUUUAUUCUCUCUUCCUACAAUUCCCUCUUUCCCUCUUUCCUCUACCUUUUGCCCUCCACGUGAUACACCCCACCCCGUACCCCUCUUUUAAAGUGAGCGCUUCUCUCCUCAUGCUUUUGUGUUGAAAUACAGCUGGAUUUUUCGGUAUUUUUCGAUGUUAGUGUGGCUCAUCUUUUUAUCCUUUACUCCUUCCUCUUCCUUUCCGUGUCAUUCCUCUUUCGGUUGUGUCGACAUUCUUGUUAUGAGGGAAUCAUCCUGCAAGGGAAUUACGAGCAUAUUGCAAUUCUCACACAUAUAAAGUAUCAAUCAGUGUGUUCUUUUUUUAUCGCUCAGUCUGUUUAUGGAAAGUAGAUGAAAAAAAUGUUUUCUUUCUCUUGAAUGUACAAAAGGUCAUUCAGUUUACACUUUCAGGUACGUUAGCACUGCAAUUCAAUUGGCUCGUAUGUUUAAAGUGAAUUCGUCCUCCUUUAGUGUGUCUGAAGAUGUUAAAUUGGUAAUAAACACGUUGUCACAGCCAGCGCUUUGCUGUUACCUCGGAACGGAGGCCUCGUGGUACUUUGCAGCUCAGUGGAAGCUCAGCGUGCCGGUCAACGGCACGUUUGACAGUUUUCAAAUUGAGAGCAAGUUGCGAGAAAAUCAGCCGAACUAAUUGGUACAAAGCCAGAAGGUCAAGAGGAGGCGUAACAUCCAAAGUGCUUUUACCUCUUUAUUUUGCUUUUACCUCUUUAUUUCUGUUUCGUGAGUCAAACUUUGAACCUCAUUUUUGGAACCGUUUUGCUGUGCUCCUCUCAUGAAGCUAGCAUUCCUUCUCAGCUUUAUUUUUUUUUUCCAACCUGGUGGUUUGAACAUUUUGAUGUACACUUGCAUAGUGGUACCUGUUGUGCUUCUGUGAUAAUAAAAAGAUUAAAAAAAGUUA